AUGAAAAACCUUAUGUAUCGCUAUUUCAUGAAAAACAGAACUUACCGAUUUGUGAAUGUGUUACAAGACUUGGUGAAAAGCUACAACAACAGACCUCACAGAUCUUUGGGUGGUAAUGCCCCAGCCACUGUUAAUCAGGGGAAUGUUGAUGAAAUAAGACUCGAUGCCUAUCUCUCGGGAAAAAAACCAAAAUCGGACCCGGUAAAAAAGAAUGGUAACCUGCUUAAGUCAAAGAAAACAACGAAAAAAAGAGUAAAACCAUUUUUCAAGUUAAAAGUUGGAGAUACUGUCAGAAUAUCACAGCUUAAACACCCUUUUCAACAAGACUACCAACAGAAAUGGACAGAAGAAUUUUUCAAAGUGAGUAAAAGAUACAAAAGGGGUCAAAUACCUGUAUACAAAGUAAAAGAUAUGGCAGACGAUCCGAUAGAAGGCACCUUCUACGAAUCUGAGCUUCAAAAAGUUGUCAAGUCUGAGGAUGUUGCCUAUAGAGUGGAAAAAAUUCUUAAAAGGAGGCGUCGUGGAAAAACCAAAGAAGUGUUCGUAAAAUGGGAAGGAUGGCCGAAGAAAUUCAAUUCAUGGAUUCCAGAAAGCUCUCUGGAAAAGCAAUAA